CUCAUCCCCACCUUAGAUCUCUCCUGCCUUUGGCUCUUCUUCAUCUUUGCUUAUCGGACUCCUCGGGCAGCCGUCCUACUUGGUCUUGGGGACUUACUUGUGUCCUUACCUCACUUUCUCCCGGCUCACCCCGGGGUGUCUGACCUUGGGACAAGGAAGGAUGGUUCCCAGGGUGAGGAUCAUCCCCUCUUUGCUGGGACUCGUGAUGUUCUGGCUCCCGUUGGACUCGCAAGCCCGAGCCCGCCCAGGCAAGGUCUGCCUUUUCGGUGAAAAGAUAUAUACCCCUGGCCAGAGCUGGCACCCGUACUUGGAACCUCAAGGCACGAUAUACUGUGUGCGCUGUACCUGCUCUGAGAAUGGCCACGUGAAUUGUUACCGCCUCCGAUGCCCACCCCUCCACUGCUCACAGCCUGUGAUGGAGCCGCAACAGUGCUGUCCCAGGUGUGUGGAUCCUCGUGUCCCCUCCGGCCUCCGGGUUCCUCUGAAGUCGUGCCAGCUCAAUGAGACCACAUACCAACACGGAGAGAUCUUCAGUGCCCAGGAGCUGUUCCCCGCCCGCCUGUCCAACCAGUGUGUCCUGUGUAGCUGUAUUGAGGGCCACACUUACUGCGGUCUCAUGACCUGCCCUGAACCCAGCUGCCCCAGCACACUCCCUCUGCCUGAUUCCUGCUGUCAGACAUGCAAAGACAGGACAACGGAGAGUUCCACUGAAGAAAACUUGACACAGUUGCAGCACGGAGAGAGACAUUCCCAGGAUCCAUGUUCAGAUGAUGGAAAGAGGAGAGGCCCCAGUACGCCAGCCCCUACCAGCCUCAGCUCCCCUCUGGGCUUCAUCCCUCGCCACUUCCAGGCAAUAGGGAUGGGCGGCACUACUAUCAAGAUUAUCUUGAAGGAGAAACAUAAGAAAGCUUGCACACACAAUGGGAAGACAUACUCCCAUGGGGAGGUGUGGCACCCUACUGUGCUCUCCUUCGGCCCCAUGCCCUGCAUCCUGUGCACUUGUAUGGAUGGCUACCAAGACUGCCACCGUGUGACCUGCCCCACCCAAUAUCCCUGCAGUCAACCCAAGAAAGUGGCUGGGAAGUGCUGCAAGACCUGCCCAGAGGAUGAGGCGGAUGACGAGCACAGUGAGGUCAUUUCCACCCGGUGUCCCAAGGUACCAGGCCAGUUCCAUGUGUACACAUUGGUAUCUCCAAGCCCAGACAGCCUACACCGCUUUGUCCUGGAACACGAAGCCUCUGACCAGGUAGAGAUGUACAUCUGGAGGCUGGUGAAAGGAAUCUACCACUUGAUUCAGAUCAAGAGAGUCAGGAAGCAAGAUUUCCAGAAAGAGGCUCAGAACUUCCGGCUGCUCACCGGCACCCAUGAAGGUUACUGGACCGUCUUCCUAGCCCAGACUCCAGAGUUGAAAGUUACAGCCAGCCCAGACAAAGUGACCAGGACAUUAUAGCAAGGACCUAAACAGUUGCAGAUAUGAGUUCUAUUGGUUUUAUUAUUAUAUAUUAAUAAAGACGUCGCAUUACCUCCUC